CAUUUUUUCAUUGUCACACCAAUGUCAACGUGUCAUGGUAGUUGUAGUUGAUUUGUUUAACAUCAAGCCGACUCUUGUGCGUCGCAAAUUGUGACGGUAGCGUCUUUUCUUUCGCAACGUUCAUUCGAUACAAAUCAUGGCUAAGGUGUUUGUUCCAGAGACCGAUAAAUGGGGUGUAAAAAUAUCGAUAGAUAGAAGACGAAUCACCAGAUCAUCGUCUACCCAAAGUAGACGAAUCGUGAUUCAUAAUCCAAGGUCAUUAAAUUCGAGCAACAGAAACGAGAAAUGGCACGCGGAUUUGAAGAAAUUUAUUGCUGAUUCAAAGAAAGAAAUCGAUUUUCAAGCAACAAAUUUAAUUGAAGCCGCAAAGAAAUGGCAACGAAACGCAAACGAAAAGUUUGACAUGCUUCAACAGCACAUUAAUCGUGAGCAUAACCUUCAAAAUUCAUCGACCACCACCAAUGACGAAGAACGCCCAACCGAACGCCCAAUUGAACGCCGAACUGAACGCCAAAUUGAACGCCCAACUGGACGAGGACGUCCACGCAAAACACCAACUGAACGUUCAACCAAAGAAGCAAUUGUCCAACCGAAAAAAGUUUGUUUUCCAUCAAUGCCGGUUUUGAUCACGGACACCGUUGACGCUGUUGAUGAUUUAAGUGAAUUUUUAACCGAACCACCGGCUGCUCUACCGUCAUUGAUGAAGAAGAUUGCAAAAAGACGAAGUACGGUUUGUGUCUCUUCACCCGAAUCAGAACGUGCAUCAAUAGAUGUUCCAGUUCCAAUUCAGAAGGUCUCGCGAACCGAACUCAGCUCAGUGUUGGCAGAGCCAGGCACUCCAAAAUCGGCCAACAAACCUAAAGAACAAGCAUCAAACACGACUGGUGCAUCCAAUUCAUUGGAGAACCAAGCACCAAUUCGCGAAGAGCAACCAAUAACGUCAGCUCAAAAGAAGGACGACAUUUUUCGAAAGUUUUUGGAAACUCGGGAAAUAGUUUUGGCUCGGAAGAAGCAGCGUGACUUAGAAGAAGCGGCUCGUGCGAAUGAUCAAUCAAAAGAAGAUUGA